UAAAUUUAUAAAUUACAGAGAAACAUUUCAAGUAACUAGGUUAGUAACGUGUCUCUGGAAUAUAAAAGCCAUUUUAAUUUGAUAGUUAAGUAGCAAUGUACACAGUAGUAUUUACUGUGCAAAGAAAUACUAAGUUUGUCGGGUAGGACGGCUUCAUGUACAUGCAGUGAGGACCAAUCAUGGAGAAUUUUCAUAGCCAUCUUUCCAAUGUCCCAUUUGCCGAGGACUGUGAGAAAACAUCACCAGUUUCUGAAAGAAGAGAGUCGAUUAGAAGUGCAAAUAUAGCAGAACCUGACAUACUGGUCUCUGACAGAUCACCUUCAUUUUCUACUUUACCCAUAUAUCAUUCUGGUGGCUUUCCGUACAGCUCAGUUAAUCCUUCUGUCUUUCCACAAGGAAGCUCUGUCAGAUACAGUGGCAAGAGCUUGGGACAGUGUUUGAACACUUUCAGAGAAGUGGGUGUAGAUAUGACUAAUAGAAGUGUUCCAGUAAAUACAAAUGUUAGAAAUCCAAUUGGUGGCUUUGAUUCAAGGACAAAAUUUAAUGAUAAUGGAUUGCAAAUCAGUGAGCCUACUACAGGUAGUGAUCAGUCAGGUUAUUCAUCUAGUAAACAUCUAGAAGGCUCUCUCUCGGGAGACAUUAAGAUACAAAACCAUGGUAACAUCGUUAUAAACAUGUCAGUUGCAGAAAAGACCGAGGGAGCAAGAUAUAAUUCAUUAUCAGCUGGUUUACAUACUGUAAAUACGAGUAGAAGUUGUGUUAAUUGUGUAGAGGAAACCAAUGUUAGCAGUAUGUUUAGCUGUGGAGGGUGCAAGCAGAAAUUCUACACAAUAUGUAAACUACACACUCAUAUAAAAACACACAAUCAAGAUGGAUCAUAUUAUUACUCGCAAUCCAACAAAACCGCAUACCCAAAGUUUGAUACUUGUUGCAUAGCUACUCAAACUGAGGAUAAUAAAAAGGAUGGAAAACAUUCAAAACAUAAAGAAGAAAGUGUUGAAAGUUUUCCCAGCGGCAGAGAUGGAGAGGUCACUGUUCGUUCAAAAAAGGUAGAGGAUAACUUCAUGACCAGUAUGAUCGAUUCAGUUAAUGAGACAUUAACUAAUGAAGAUGAUUCAGAAAUUAAAUUGGAGAAAGGUGACCCUGAAUAUAUCCCAGAUAGUAACAUGGAUAGAUCUGGAAGUGAUACUGAUGAAUAUAAACCAGAAGAUUCCAUAUACCAAAGUCCGAAAAAAAGACGAAAAGGUUGCAGUAAAAAGCGGAACGAAAGAAAUCGGGUCAAAAUGAAGGGAAGUAAAAAGCUAAAAAAGUUGAAAAUGACGAUCAAAAUAAAGCAAGAAGAAAGGAAAGAUAAAAGGAGUUCAUUCCUAAAGAAGGACAGAAAACCAAACUCAAGCAGUAAAAUAAAAGUUCAGAUAAAAAAGUUAGAUGACAAAAUUGCCUGUAAGCUUUGUGAUGAGAGUUUCUCAAAAAAAUUGUACCUCCGUCAUCACAUCAAAGCAAAACAUUCAGAUGUUGAACAUCUGUGUCAGCUGUGCGGUGAUCACUUCACAACAGAUGAUGAGUUAAUCGAGCAUAGGAGGACGGUGCACAACCGCGGAUACCACCGCUGUGAACUGUGCGACAAAGUCCUGUCUACAAAAGGCAUGUUGGAGGGUCAUUAUCUUGUACACAAGGGAAUCAAACCUUUUGCUUGUGAUGUCUGUGUACCAAAGAAAGAAUUUACAAGAAAGUGUCAACUGAAGGCACACAUGGAAACACAUUCAACAGAGAAGACCUUGCAGUGUGAGUUUUGUGGGAAGCCGUUCAGUGCCCGGUACCUGAUGUUGAGUCAUGUUAAACACUGCGGAGGUAUCAAACCUCACAAGUGUGAUUACUGUGAUAUGAGUUUUGUAUCCAACCAUUGUCUACAGAGGCACAGGAGAACACACACAGGAGAAAAACCAUUUGUUUGUGAGGUAUGUGCAUUUGCAAGCAGUAACGCCAGUUGUCUGGCCCGACACUUGAGAACUCACACAGGAGAGAAACCUUUCACAUGUCAGUACUGUCAGCAGACCUUUGCUGCAAGAGGAGCUCUCAAAAAACAUGUCCGUAUACAUACACAGGAGAAACCAUACAAGUGCCGUUACUGUACAAAAGCCUUCACCCAAAACUGGAACCUUAAAACCCACGAGAGACAGCAUACUGGUGAAACGCCCUAUAAAUGCCAUGUGUGUGGAAUUGGAUAUAAACAGAACGUUCUGCUGAAAACACACCUAAGGACACACUUUGGUCCAAACUCAGAUAGCAGUGAAACACAAAAUCUUGCUUUAAACCAGUCUGUUUCUCAUUGUCAGACUGAGAACCAGACUAGUGUACACAACAGUGUACACAACCAGUCACUUGUUAGCUUACAGUCUGGUUCUAAAUCUGAUAAUCUGAAACAUGAAUUUUCACAGUCACAGUCUGUUAACAGUCAGCCACAGCUGAUUGAUCUUCAUACCCAACCAAUUGUGCCAAAUAUUUUAUUAUCGAGUUUUUUGCACUCUGGAUACAGUAUGAACUGAGCAUAUUAGGAGAGCCUGGAUAUAGUAUGAAUUGAGUAUAUCAGGGAAGCCUGGAUAUAGUAUAAAUUGAGCAUAUCAGGGAAGCCCGGAUAUAGUAUAAAUUGAGCAUAUCGGGGAAGCCUGGAUAUAGUAUAAAUUGAGCAUAUCAGGGAAGCCUGGAUAUAGUAUAAAUUGAGCAUAUCGGGGAAGCCUGGAUAUAGUAUAAAUUGAGCAUAUCAGGGAAGCCUGGAUGCAGUAUGAAUUGAGCAUAUCAGAUACAGUAUGAAAUGAGCAUAUCAGGAAAACUGGAAACAAUAUGAACUGAGCAUAUCAGAUACAGUAUGAACUGAGCAUAUCAGGAAAACUGGAAACAAUAUGAACUGAGCAUAUCAGAUACAGUAUGAACUGAGCAUAUCAAGGAAGCCUGGUGAGCAUAUCAGGGAAGCCUGGAUACAGUAUAAACUUGUGCUUCAGUGAAGCCUGCCAUGCCUGAGAUAUUCAUUGUAACAGCAAACCUUGAGGAAAAUUGCAAUAAUACUUUAUAUCUUUGAAUUGAAUCUGUUAUUGUGAAGGACAAAUCUGCUCUAACUAAACAUUAAAUAUUUAUAUUUAACAAAAUUAUCUAGAAUAUGAUGCGAUUACACUGAUUCCAUCGUACUAAUUUUAAGUUCAAUUAUUAGUUUUAGAGAAAGGACUUCCAAGGGGUAUGUUUCAUACAUGUAUACCACUUUUGGUUAAAAAAAAUACAAACUCGAGUUUCCAGCUGUUCAGUGUGCAUCUUUGAAAAGGACAGUCGAUGAUUUUGUCUCGUUUUUCAAAGGAUCGGCAUUGGCCAAUAUAACAACCAAAAAAUUAUUACCGCCAGUAUAUGCCAAUAAGGGCUUUACUUGCAGUAAGAAUCGUAUAAA